CAGAUGUUUCUGUCUGAAAUAGAAAGUGAAAGCUGUUUUUAAGUAGAAGGAACGUCGUCACAGAUUUAGCAUCAAUGACAGUUUUGAGUAUUUCCUAAAAUAUGUCUAAAACUCAAUCGGGCUAUUUUCUUCAUUUCCGUUGCAGUGGAUAUGCGUCCAAUAAUUCUAACGUUAUUUUUCAUUACGACUGAAUAUUCGCUUAUUAUAAGAGGGAAAUGCGAAACAUGCAACGCUCCAGUUCAGGUGGCCAACACGGAGCCUGUAGGCAAUUCCUCUUAUACCUUACAGUCCACAUUCCGUAUGAUGUGUAUAAAGGACUAUGUCCGGAAGGCUGGGACAUCCAACCUCUUCAGAUGCACAACUGACGAACACACGAAAAACUGUUCGUGGAAAAAUUAUCCAGCUUUAGAGUGUAUACCUCAUCCAACAAAGCGAGAAGAAUUCACAGUUACACACACACCACCCCACACAUCUGCCCCACCUCUCACUGCUUCCUCGUCCACACCAAGAGUGAAGAUGUUUCACAUGGCCACGGAAACAAGAACCAGAAAGAGCACUUCAAUGACAUCUGGGCAAAUUGGCUUUACAACACAUACAGUUGCCACAGCAACAGGGACCCCCCUUUACUCCACUGUGAGGACCAUAGCUGAGAAGGAGGAGACUAUGACCACAGCCAAUUGGACUGUACUUUCAUCAUCCAGUACCUUGACUGGCAGGAAAUACCUGACCACAGAGUCCUCUGAGUCCAAGCACAAGCACAUCAGUUCCACCACAGCAGAUUUAGGCACAAGUGGAAUUGCUGCAGGGCUAGUCUUAGUCCUUAUCGCUGGCUUAGCAGCAACAGUCAUGCUUCUUCUUUGGUGCCGAGGGCGACAAAGGGCUUCCACUCAACAAAUAGAGAUGACACCCCAGAGCCUUGAGUCAGGUUACUCACUGUUAGUCCCACCCAGUGGUACCAACAGGUGCCUUCUAGAUUCAAGCCAAGAAAAGCCUGCCUGCUCAGACACCAUGUGUACAUAAGCAUCAAAGGAAAACUGCCCAGAAUAUAAACUCACUCGCCUGUCAAGCAUGCAUAGUGCCUUUACAUUAUGUAUUGAUUGUAUGCUUGUUUUGAUAUUUGAGUACAACAAUAAAUGUACAACUGUA